CGCGCGUCCUUUGGAAGAAGCCUCGCCUUCAGCCGGAACAAGCAUGCUGCUGUGCUACCGUGCAGUGUGAUGUCUUUGUUUCCACGCCAGUAAGCUGUGAUCCGGCGAGGCACGGACGACGAUUUGUGUUUCGUGAAGUUUGGUUUCGUUCGAAAAUGUAGCAUUCAGAAGGCGGUUUUCAGUGGAUUUGUAAAUUGACUUGGCAACUUGGCAUCCGGAAGGUUCCUCGUCGGUGUUGGGAAUGGAUUUCCUAACGAGUGUGGCCAACAUUUUCGAUGGCGAUUUCCGGCCCACAACCGUCGGCAGGCACAAAGAGUACGACCCGCAGGAUCGAUUUAUACUUUCGGAAUACAUUGCCGAAAUUGGAAUGUGGCUUGACGAGAAGCUUAAUGACCAUGCGUUCGAUACGCAGGCCAUGAACGAUCCGAUCGAAGGGCGGCUAGGGCCACGGCGGACAAUAUUCGAUGUUCCGGAUGAUGGUUCAAUAUUGAUUUCCAAGGAUAAGCUAACGCUCCAGUCUUCGAAUCCGUUUCCCACGGUGAAAGCCAACUGCUGCAUCUACAGUGGCCGGUGGAUGUAUGAGGUUCAGUUGCGCUCCAAGGGGGUGAUGCAGAUCGGUUGGUGUUCGGCACACUGCAAGUUUACGCAGGAUACGGGUGUCGGCGAUACGCGGUACAGCUAUGGGUUGGACGGAAGCAAACAACGGAUCUGGCACGUGUACACCAAGAAGUAUGGUCCAUUCUGGCGCUCCGGAGACAUCUUUGGCGUGUGCGUGGAUAUGGAUGGUGGUCAGAUCGAGUAUUACCGCAACGGAGCACCACUCGGUGAAGCUUUCAAGGAUAUUGAGCGUGGCCCAGGACUCGCCCUGUUUCCGGCCGUCUCGUUGGCACUCGGCGACAGCCUUACGGCCAACUUUGGAGGUUCGCCCUUCCGGCAUCCGGUCGAACGGUACAAACCGCUGCAAGAGCCACCGGAAAUCGAACUCUACCAAGCGGACUGUUUGCUCAAGUAUCUCGUGAACCUCUCCGGAACCAUCUCCCUUCACUCGCGCCACACUGACCGUGGAACCGUGGCAGACAGUGCCCCGAAUGGUGUUUCACCGGAUGCCGUAUACAUGCUACUUGCGGCCACUCUGAUCGAACGCAUUGCGCCCCUCCUCGGCAACUCGUACGUCGUGGAGGAUAAGGUGUUUAGCUACAUCCGUGGGCUCUGUGUGCUGCGAAGUAACGCUGGUGGGCGGAAUGAAGCACCGACACAACCGGGCGCACCGGAGAGUACACUCGGUACCUUUCUUAACCUACUCUGGACCUACCUCGAACCGGAAGAGAUGAAAUUGUUUUUAAAGAAAUUGCUCAACUUCCUCGCCAACACGUACAAGGAAACGCCGGUCGAUCUGGAGUACGAGAAGCAGCGCAAAACGAUCGUCAUCCUGACGUGCAUCUGUAACCAUCCGACCACCCGCAAGUAUCUGCUCGAGUGCAAGUUCUUCAAGAAGAACUGUCUGCCGUUGUUUCUCUACACGAAACCACCGGACGAGUCGACGCUCGAGCAGCUCCUACCGGACGACCACAUCUGGACGGCGGGACUGGGUGGACCGCGGGAAACGUAUCUGGCCGCUUGCGGGAAGCUGAGAUCGCAUACGGCCGUACUCUACACGCUGCAGAAGAAUCUGAUCCACGUGCUGAUGAACAAUGAGGAUGGCGAUGUGGAAACGGGUUCGCCCAGCAGCAGACGGUUGUUUAUUGCGAAAGUUCGUCGGUUUGUUAUGGAUAAUAAUGUGGAAUUGAGGGGUAUUCACUCGUCAGCAACGCAACCAGCGAUUGGACUAUCAUUUCUCUGUACACUGCUAGAUGUUGCCAAGACGCUGUGGGAGGAAGAGUGCCGUGACCAGCACGGAAAGGACGACAGUAGCCCCAACAUUCCCACCAUCGAUUAUCGCUUCUUUUACGAUGGUUCAUUCAAGUAUGCGAACCUGGACCGCAUCGGUGGCGUUCUGUCCUACCUCAGGAAACAUUUCCGUGCCCAACUGGUGGAGCGACUUGGUGCGGACCACCCCAGUAUCGCCUCCACCGAUCAGUCGAGUGAUCUUCGGAAUGAAAUUGCCGCUUUCAAUGUGUUCCUCGAUUCGGCCAUGUUCCUCGUGUCCGGUGGUCCAACCAUGACCUAUUCGCUUGUUUCACGAGCCGCAAACAGCGUACCAGAUCGGCGCCAUCAACCGCAACAACAGCAUUUGCUUCAACAGCAUCAGCAGCAACAACAACGACGACUGCAAACAAGUACCGACGAGUGUUCCUCAUCUAGCGUUGGCCCUAAAGGAACGUCUGGGCCCGGCGGGUCCAUAGGAUGUGGCCCCAUAGAGCCGUACCGAACCGUGUGCGAGCUUCUCGAUUGCUGCGUCGUCUUUUACAAUGCCGUGGCACACAAGUACGUCGUCAUGAUUGCCGAUCUGAGGGACAACAUUACACACCUCUCGGACAUUCUGCUCGAAACGAAAAGCAAC